CUUUAAUUAAUUGUCAAUGUGUAAAUUUUAAACUUGGACAUCCUCAUUUCAUGUCUUUUGCUUGUUUCUGCUUUAAAUUUGAGAUCGUUACAAGCUUUUGAGGCAUAAUUUACAGAAGAAGAGCAUGGAAUGUAUGUUAGUUAGGGGAAGUUUUUAUGUGUAUCAGAUCUCUUUUAACCUCCCAUCUGUAGCUUUAUUCCUUGAAAACCCAUGUUUAUUGUUUUGGAUGAUUCUUUUAACCUCCCAUCAGGCCACCUUUAAAGUAGUUGAUUUGGAUGAUUAUGCGGCAGAUGAUGAGGAAUAUGAGGAGAAGUCGAAGAAAGAGAGUUUGGCAUUUUUCUUUUUAGCUACAUAUGAAAAUGGUGAGCCAACGGACAAUGCUGCAAGGUUCUAUAAAUGGGUAAAGAGAGAGGGGAAUGGCUUCAGAAUCUUACUUAUGGAGUGUUUGGCCUUGGCAAUAGACAAUGUUGCUAAUUGGCUAAGAAGUUUGAAUUUGUAUGUUGUUGGGAAACAGAUAGCAAAUGAGGUGGACGAGCACCUUGCUGAGCAAGCAACAGGUAGGUUGGUCCGAUGGCAAUGGAGGCUGAAUUUGGAAUUUCUACUCCACGAAACCCUUCUCAGGGGUGGUGGUGGUGACUUGUGCACUCAUUGUUUCAGUGCCUGGGAAAAAAAGAAAGACAAAACUAGAAACGGUAGGAGUUCAGCAAAAAGGAAGUCUUGUUCGAUAUGGAUUUUUAACAUCAGCUAGUUCAGGUAAUGAAUUUUUUUAGAACUAAAUUUUUUUUAAAUUCUUUUUUAAAAUUUUUCAUACCUGUUUGAGAUCUAUAUAUAUAAGUGUGAAUGAGUGAGUGUGUUUUCUCUGAAAGUUUUAAGUUGUAUUAUUGGUCUGUCAUAAGUUGGGUGACCAUACAAGAACAAAAAGGUUCUCAUCCAAUUCCCAUUUGUAGCAUUGCUCUGUUUUUGUUGAUGUGCAGAGCAUUAUGAAACUCCGCUUACAUCGUGUUGGGUCACCAUACUGUUUUUGUAUUAUUGGACUAUCGUAUUCUCUUUUUUCUUUUUUGUCUCUUUUUGUAGAUUUUAAUUUUUGGUGGUGGCAAAAUAAGACACACUCAUAGUCAGUAGCAGAACUUCAUAUAAUUGGAUUAGAAUUAUAUGACAUAAUUGCUUCUUUUUAUUUUAUUUUUAUUUUUUUAUAUCAUAAUAAUGUGCUAGGCUUUAGAAGCUUAGGUUGCUGUUAGAGAGGAGCUGUAUUAAGAUGUUACACCAACAACUCAGUUCCUACCCUUUUAGCAGUAAGUUUGUAGUUGUGAGAGGGUGGUGACCACCUUCUUUGGUUUGAAGCUUUCCAUUGUUUUUGUCAAAUAUUAUCAUUGUAUGUGGUUAGUAGUUUUUUUUUGGUGAAUAUGUGGUUAGUAGUUGCUGAUUGAAUAGAAUUGAAAGUGCAGAACAUAUGCGGAAAUGAUGUACCUUUGAGCAGUUACAAUGGGAAAUGAGCAAUUACAAUGGGAGGUUGUUCUGAUUAUGAAUGUUGCUUCAAAAUGGCAAGUGACUUUAUAUAUCCUAGUUAGUCAAAUCUAUUAUAUUUACAUGGUUAAUUUGCCUCCUCUUCUUCUUCUUCUUCUUCUUCUUCUUCUUUUUCUUAUUCUCUCUUUUCUUUUGAUAAUCAUUCAUACGUAAAAAAUUUUUUUUUUUUUGUUUUUGUUUUUGUCCUUGCUGUUAAUUACUUUAUUGAUCUUUGGGCCAUAUUCUUCUUCUUUUAUUUCCCUAGGAAUAUUCAGAGCUCUUUGGAUUUAUUCAUAAUGCUACUUCUUUCUUGAAACCUACUUUGUUGCUUGGCAUAUGACUUCUUGUUUAUUGUUUGUUUGAGUUUACAAAGAUAAUAUAGACUACAAAGUUCUUUUAAUCAUAUUCAAGUUGUUCAAUUCAAACUAACAUAAACGUAAUUCUUGAAAAUAUUCUAUUGAUGAUAAAAUAAAGCUGAUAUAUAAGGCAAGUAUGCAAAUACAGAUUUGUAUAUAUAUAUAUGCAGUGAUAAGGUGUGAAGAAGAAGAAGAAGAAGAAGAGACCUGACGGAUGGAAUUGGCGGUGGAGAUUCGAUCAGGAGAAGCGAGGUCUAUGAUGGGAAGUUGUAGAGCUUUCGCCAUUUCUUCCCCUGCAAAUUUGUAUUCAAAUCGAAUUUGAUACAGUUUGUCUUAGACCAUCUACAACAUGUAUUCUUGUUUUCCAAUAAAAUAAGUCAAGUUGCCAAUCUUGACAUUAUACCCAUAUACCCAUAAUGGACAAUGAUGGCUCAGGAACAAAAGAGCCGAAAACAAUCCAAAAGCAAUGCACUGUAUUACAUAUUAUAUUAA